AUGGCCUCCCAGCAGCAACAAGUCCCGAUCGAGAUGAAGCAAGGUGUCCAACAGGGUGCGCCGCCGCCCUUCACUCCCCAAGGACCGUAUAUGCAAGCCGCACCUCCCCAACCACAGUAUCAGCACGCCACACCCCUCGCGAACCUGCUCCAGGUCCCCGCACCGGUCGAUUGCCCCGUCUGCCGCAACCGAACCCUGACCAGGAUCGAAUACGUUUCGGGAGGGUUCACCGCCCUGAUCGCUUUCGCGGUCCUUGGCCUCUGCUGCUGCUGCAUCCCAUUCUUCAUCGACGGCACGAAGAAUGUCAGACACUACUGCGGGAGCUGCAAUGCUCUGUUGGCGACAUGGCAUAGGAGCGGGCACGGGACGGACGUGCAUGCGUACGCUUAG